AACAAACACGCACAAAAAAAAAAUGGCGUCCGCCGCCAAAACACAGAAGCCGACGCCGCAUGCAGUUUGCGUACCUUUUCCGGCGCAAGGGCACAUCAACCCGAUGCUCAAGUUAGCCUUUCUUCUUCACCGCAAAGGCUUCCACAUAACCUUCGUCCACACGGAGUACAACCACAACCGCCUCCUCAAGACCGGCGGCACCGCCGCCGUUUUUCCCCUGCCGGACUUCCAGUUCGCCACAAUUCCCGAUGGCCUACCUCCACCGGAGAACGAAGACUCUACGCAGGACAUUAGAUCUUUGUGUUUGUCGACGAGAGAGCACAGCUUGGCCCCACUCAACGAACUCAUCGACAGGUUGAACGGCGGCCACCCGAGAUCGCCGCCGCCCGUGAGCUGCGUGAUUGCUGAUAUGCAUAUGUGGUUUGUGCUGGACGCGGCGGAUCGGAUCCGUGUUCCCGGCGUGCUUCUGCAGACUAGUUGUGCCGGAGAUUUCAUGUGCAAUAAAAACAUUCCGCGUCUCGUGGAGAAAGGCUUCGUACCUUUUAAAGGUAAAUAUACGGCUUUUGAGAUCCUACAUGAAAGCUCUUUCACGAACGGACACUUGGAUAAACCUCAAAUCGAUUGGGUCCCCGGAAUAUUCCCUCUCCGACUGAAAGACUUCUGCAACUUCGUUAUCCAAACAACCGAUCCAAACGAUGCCUUAUUGCAGUUCGUCAUCGCCGGAACUUCUCGUUCAUCGACGGCGGCGGCGAUAAUCAUCAACACCUUCGACGCGCUGGAGCAGAACGUGCUUUCCGCCCUCUCCACAAUGUCCCCGCCGAUCUACACCGUCGGAUCUCUUCAUCUCCUCCACAAUCAGCCGUCGGAAAACAUGAGCGACGACGCCACCAAAUCGAUGAGAUCCAGCCUCUGGAGAGAAGACGCCUCCGUACUCAAAUGGCUCGAUUCGAAGCCGGAAAAUUCGGUAAUCUACGUCAAUUUCGGCAGUAUCGCAGUUCUAACUCAACACCAGCUGAUCGAAUUGGCGUGGGGGCUCGCCGGGAGCGAGAGGAAUUUCGUGUGGAUUGUGCGGCCGGAUUCGGUGCGUGGGGAGAACGCGCCGCUUCCGGAGGAGUUCUGGGCGGAGAUCCGGGGGAGGGGAUUCGUGGCCGGGUGGUGCCCGCAGGAGGAGGUGCUCGGCCACGCGGCGGUGGGGGGGUUUCUGACGCACUGCGGCUGGAAUUCGUUGCUGGAGAGCGUUUGCGGUGGGGUUCCGGUGCUGUGCUGGCCGUUAUUCGCCGAUCAGAAUGUGAAUUGCAGGUACGCGUGUGAGGAAUGGGGGAUCGGCGUGGAGGUUAAGGGCGGCGAUGUGAAGAGAGAUGAAUUGGGGAUUCUAGUGAGAGAGUUGAUGGAUGGGGAGAGAGGUGAGAUUUUGAGGAAAAGGGCGGCGGAGUGGAAAGAGAAGGCGGCGGCGGCCGUUGCCUGCGGUGGUUCGUCGUGUUUGAAUUUGGAUAGGUUGAUCACUGAGGUUUUGAAUGCCUGAUUUUUGCAUUUCGGGAUUUGGCAAUUAUUCUUUCUUUUACUAUUUUAUAAAUUAAGUUAUUAUUAUUCAAUAAAAGG